UCCCUCCAAGAAAAUCUCGUCGAAGAAGUCAGCGCUUGCCGUUCGUCUUUCCUAGAUCAAGACACGCCAACCGCAACUAAACUCUGCCCCGCCCCGCGAUACUCGACCUCGGUCCUCCGCGAUGGAUUGGCAGCCGAACCAGGAGUCCUUGCGGACUCUAGCAGCCUGUCUCAAGGAUUCGCUGAGCGGCUUCGAUAAGAAUGCGCAAAAACAGGCCGAGAUCAUGCUCGUGCAAGCGAAAGCGAGCCCAGACAUAAACAACUACUUAGCCUACAUCUUCUCGAGCACCCAGCCGCCCGCGGGCGUCUCGCUGUCCGCCAAUGACUGGCACCUUGUCCGCUCGGCAGCCGCGAUCAUGCUCAAGAACAAUGUCAAGUCAGAUUACAAGAAGAUUCCCGAGACUAGCAUCACCCUGAUCAAGCUUGCUGUUCCGAUGGGAAUCCAGGAUCAAAACUCGCAGAUUCGCAACUAUGCAGGCAAUAUUGCGACUGAGAUGAUCCGCCGUGGAGGCUUGUACAGCUGGCCCGAGCUCUUGCAGGACCUGUUGAAGCUACUCAGCAAUGAGACGGGCCAGGUAUCGAAUGAGGCCCAGGAAGGUGCCAUGGCUGCUAUGGCCAAGAUCUGCGAAGACAACACCAAACUGCUGGAGCGGGAACACAACGGACAGCGGCCCCUUAACGUCCUCCUCCCCAAGUUCAUUCAGGCGACCAAGAGCCCCUUACCCAAGGUCCGCACUCAGGCGCUAACGGCCAUCAACGUUUUCACGCCCAGGAAGUCCCAGGCCAUGCUCAAUUCCAUCGACGACCUCCUACAACAUCUCUUCUUCCUCUCUGAGGACCCGGUCGCCGACGUCCGCCGCCAGGUCUGCCGCGCGUUUGUUCGUCUUGUCGAGACCCGGCCAGACAAACUCCUUCCUCAUCUCAGUGGUUUGGUCGAGUACAUUAUUACACAGCAAAAGAGCGAUGACGAGGACCUUGCCUGCGAGGCCGCCGAGUUUUGGCUGUCGGUCGGCGAGCACGACAACUUAUGGCGGAAUCUGGAACCCUACAUACAAAAGAUCAUACCUGUUCUAUUGGAGUGCAUGGUGUACAGCCCAGAAGACAUUGCCAUGCUGGGAGGAGAAUCAGAUGAUGAGGAUGAAGAAGAUAGGGAAGAGGACAUUAAGCCGCAGUUUGCCAAGAAAAACCUGAAGCGCGGUGCCGCUGCCGCUGCCGAGGGGUCGACAGAGGCAAGCCAGAGCAACGCUUAUGAGAAAUUGGCAAGCAUGGACGAAGGCUUGGAAGAAGGCGAGGUUGAGGACUCGGACGAGGAGGGCGGCGACGAGAAUCCCGAUGAGAAGUGGACCCUCCGCAAGUGCUCGGCGGCAGCCCUCGACGUCUUCGCUACCGACUUCGGUGGGCCCGUGUUCACCUCCAUCCUGCCUUAUCUGCAGACCAACCUGAAGCAUCAGGAUUGGCCAUAUCGUGAGGCCGCCGUCCUUGCGCUUGGCGCCGUCGCCGAGGGCUGCAUGGAUGUCGUCAUCCCCCAUCUCCCGGAACUUAUACCAUAUCUCAUCACCCUGCUAGACGACCCCGAGCCGGUCGUCCGAACAAUAACGUGUUGGACACUCGGCCGGUACUCGGCAUGGGCGGCUAGCUUGCAAGACCCCACUCAGAAGCAGACCUAUUUCGUGCCCAUGAUGGACGGCAUCCUCAGGAAGAUGGUCGACAAGAACAAGAAGGUGCAAGAAGCCGGCGCGUCAGCCAUGGCGAAUCUGGAGGAAAAGGCAGGGAAGAAUAUCGAGCCGUUCGCCGGUCCCAUCAUCCAGCAGUACCUCGUGUGUUUCAACAAGUACAAGGACAAGAACAGAUGGGUGCUCUACGACUGCGUCCAGACGCUGGCCGAAAACAUCGGUCCUGUGCUGGCGCGGCCCGAGCUCUGCAACCAACUGAUGCCCGCGCUUAUCGACCGAUGGCAGAAGGUGCCUGAUCAGUCCAGAGAGAUGUUUCCCCUCCUGGAAUGUCUGUCCUACGUGGCCAUUGCCCUUGGCGAUGCAUUUACCCCUUAUGCCGAGCCCAUCUUCGCGCGCUGCGUCAACAUCAUCCACCAAAACUUGGAACAAACGCUCGCAGCCAACAACAACCCUGCGCUGGAUCAGCCCGAUAAGGAUUUCCUGGUCACCAGCCUGGAUCUCCUGAGCGCGAUCAUCCAGGCGCUCGACAAUGUAAAGGCGGCGAAGCUGGUCCAGAACAGCCAGCCGGCCUUCUUUGAGCUCUUGAGCUUCUGCAUGGAAGACCCGGCCGACGAGGUGCAACAGUCGGCUUACGCCCUCCUCGGCGACUGCGCGAAAUUCGUGUUCGAGCAGUUGAAGCCGUUCCUGCCCUCCAUCCUGCCCAUCCUCCUCAGACGCCUGGACCUCGAGAGCAUUCUUGACGAAGAGGUCGACGGCAGCUUCGGUGUCAUCAAUAACGCCUGCUGGAGCGCUGGUGAGAUUGCCAUGCAAUACAAGAAAGGCAUGGCGCCUUUCGUCCCGGAGCUACUCCAGCGCUUCGUCGAGAUCAUUUCCAACCCCAUCGUGCCCUUUGGUGUCAAUGAAAACGCGGCUAUUGCGCUGGGCAGGCUGGGCCUUGACAACUACGAUCUUCUUGCCCCGCAUCUGCCCAAGUUUGCGGGAGAGUUCAUCGCUUCGAUGGACGACAUCGACCCGACCGAAGAGAAGGCGUCGGCCUUCAAGGGGUUCAGCAUGGUGGUGGCGCAGAACCCACAGUCGAUGGAGAAGCACCUCUUGCGUUUCUUCACCUCCAUUGCACGGUAUCGCGAUCUGACGCUGCAGAACCCCAUGAAGAAGGAGCUUCAUGACGUGCUGCAAAACGUCCUCAAUCUCUACCGGCAAAUCAUACCCCAGUUCGACCACUUUGUCGCACAACUUCAGCCAGAGGACCAGCAAGCCCUGAAGGCAACCUAUGCUCUAUAACCCGAAAUCCGAGCUCUGGUUCGAAAG